CAGAUUAAGUGUCCGUCUUCAGUUGUGGCUUUUGCUAUUGGCCAGUGUUAGCGUCAUUCUUAAGAGGAAGUUGGGUCAUUGGCUGGUUGGCAUCCGUGUACCCGUGGGCGGGAUUCGUUGCGUUGUUGUCCGGGAUCGGUAAGAGUUGAUGUCGUCAUAAUCUGGGGAUAAGUGGCAUGAUUCUGGUCACCUAAUAUAUGCCAUUAUUAAGACAUCCCACACUAUUUAAAAGAUUUUCACAUCUUGGUAUGCCAUUACUUCAUCAGACCUGUCCAGCUGUUUGAGGUGCGCUUUGCUCUGUCUAAGGACUGGUAUAAUGAGCUGAACCAUAUCCAAGAAAUUGAUACAGUUAAUCUUUAUCUGUGAGUAUACAAACUGGCCAGUAUGACAGCAACAGCUGCUGUCAGUCCAAGUGAAUAUCUACAGCCAGCUGCCACCUCUGUCCAGGAUACACAGCCUUCUCCUCUGGCUCUUCUUGCAGCUACUUGCAGUAAGAUUGGACCUCCAGCAGUGGAUGCAGCUGUGACACCACCUGUGCCUCCUCGGUCAGCUCGCAAGAGGUUGGUGCCCAUUAAGCCAGCCCCAUUACCCCUGAGUCCAGUCAAAACUGGUAUAGGAUUGCUCUCUGCAAAAGGGAACGUUAUCCAGAUUCAGAGCUCUCAGUUUGGCACAACAGGUACUGGAAAUGGGCAACUUGUAUUUACUAUUCAGAAUCCUGGGGCGAAGUCUGGACGAUUUCAGACUCUGCAGACCCAAAGUCAGACACUGUCUUCAAAUUUGGGCAACCAGUUCCAAAUAAUUACUGAUGGUACAACAGCCUUGUUUCCACCCACAAUCAGCACUUCAAAACAUGUGCCCAUCAAACCUGCCCCCCCAAAUAAGUCCAACAACCUUAUAAAAUUACCAGGCACUACUAGUAGUGGCCUCACCUUUUCAUUACCUAUCAGCAGCUUAGACUCUUCCACAGAGCCUUGCACCCAAUUGACACUCAAGUCCAGCAAGAAGCUACGCAAGAAACCGUCAUCAACAGUACCAGUACCUGGCUCCCCCACUCAGGAGCAAGUAGAAACAGUAGUAAUAGAGACUACAGCAGAGAAUAUUCUGCAAGCAGGUAACAACCUGCUUAUUGUACAGAGCCCAGGCACUAGUCAACAUGCCUUGCUUCAGGUGUUACAGCCGAAAACAGAAACACAGCUGGUUCAGAUCCCCCAACAAGCACUGAGAGUUGUUCAGGCUGCUUCUGCUACCUUGCCCGCUGUGCCACAGAAACCAGUGCAGAACACUGAGGUGACGCCCACACAGCUCUUUAUCCGCACACCAUCGGGGGACCUACAAGCUGUUCUGAUGCAAGAGACUCCACCUGCCCCCCAGCAAUGUUCUUCAGUGGCUACAGGGUCGCAGGUAGGACAGCCUGUAACACCAACCAAAAAGAAUCAGAACCGCAAGGAACGAACUCUUCACAAGAUUGCUCCUGCAGGAAGCAUCAUCAACCUUAAUGCUGCACAGCUGGCAGCUGCAGCCCAGGCCAUGCAGACCAUCAGUAUAAAUGGGGUUCCAGUACAAGGUGUUCCCGUCACCAUUACUAACACUGCAGGGCAGGCACAGCUUAGUGUGCAGAAUGUAUCCAACAGCAACAUGACAAUUAGUGGUCUCAGCCCCUCCCAAAUACAGCUUCAGAUGGAGCAAGCCCUGUCUGGGGAGAUACAGCCUGGAGAGAAGAGGAGAAGGGUAGCCUGUACCUGUCCAAACUGCAAAGAUGGAGAGAAGGGGUGGGGCCCCCCUGGCAGGAAGAAGCAUGUGUGCCACAUCCCGGAGUGUGGUAGAACAUUCCGUAAGACGUCCCUCCUGAGAGCCCAUGUACGUCUUCACACUGGGGAGAGGCCAUUCGUAUGCAGCUGGGGAUUCUGCACUAAAAGGUUCACCAGAAGUGAUGAACUCCAAAGACAUGCACGCACGCACACAGGUGACAAACGCUUUGAGUGCCCUCAUUGUCAGAAGAGGUUUACAAGGAGCGACCAUGUCACCAAGCACUUCAAGACGCACCUUGUCUCCAAGAAGCUAUGAGCAGAAAGAGACUCCAGACCCAGUGGACAUUUAGAAUAACAUGUUCCCUAUGGGGACUCAAGCCCAAAAUACAGGGAGGUUCAUGGCUCCCUUGGUGACACUGUUUAUAGAGGGACACCAAAAUUCCUAAACCAUUCUGAUUUACCCUCGUGAUGCUGGUGUGUGGGCUCUGCAUGUUGCAGACUGUGCUUGGUAGGCAAUGUAAGGCCCUAGUCUGCAGUAAGGUGUCUCAUGAGAGUAAGCAUAUCCAUUACCUCCUGCUUUAGUAUGAUGGAGUUGUCCUACAGUCAAGAUUCCCUGUAUCAUGCAAAAUCGAAGAGAAGCACCACCUUAGAUCAUACAGGUUUCUGAUUAUGUAUACAUUAAUUUGGGCAACAGUAAUGUAUGUUACUAACUAGUCACCAUGAGCAGAAUAUUACCAUAUUUACAUCUACUCUUGCAGGAAGGUGCCUUAUUAAAUGCCGCAAUCACCCUCCCACCUAGAGAAGAGUAUUUAAGUGAAGCACCAUGGUCAACGGUAAAGUUGACUGCUUUUUAAAUGGAGGCAUAACUCUUGUGAAUCAUAAGCUCACAUAAUGAGCCUUUUGUGGUGCUAUGCUGCUCUAGUGUCGCAAUCGUUUCAGGCAGGAGUUUUUCUGUAUAUAAAAUCUGUGCUUUGUGAGCACCUCUAGCUACAGCUGAGUUAAUGGGGCAAAUUAAAAGAAUUUAUGCUAGGGAAUAAACUAAAAGAUAACAGACUAAUCUGUGUAACCCUGUUCCUUGUUGUGAUAAAUCAUCUGUGACCCACCCUGUAUUAUUGUAGCCCCCAGCUAACACCUCUCAGCUGUCAUGUUUUUCUUUAACAGAGAUAAGUAAAAAAAAGUUUAUUCAAUUAAUCCUGACUUUUUUUAUGUUAUUUACAGCAGUUGUCAAGUGUUCAUGCUUGUUGAUACACAGGGGAAUGGGAGAACACAGCCUCACAGGACCUGAGGUUUAUAAUCCAACACUUCAAUGCAGAGGUGUGGGACAAAAAGCAGCAGAAUGUCCCUGGUAAAACUCUGAACGUGCACAGUAGCUCUUCAUUGGGUUGUUGUCCUCUUUAUGGCGAUAUUGCUAACUCUGUGCCAGGCACUGUUCUGGGACAACGUUGCCCCCCUCCUUCAGUCCAGUCAAUGCGGAUAGACAUCUUUUUCACUGCCCUGCGGGAUGUGCCACAUUUACUGUUUAUCACAGCAUUAAAGUUACAACCACGACCACAGGCCCUUGUCACGUAUGCUACAAAGAGAAAUACAAAGAAAAUGAAUAACAGUAUAUUCUUAGUGUGUCCAUAAUAUGCUAAAUAUUUCAUAAAAAUACUUAUUACUCUUGUCUGGAAGUAAAAUGUGCAAGAUAAGACAAACAGGUUGAAAAUUGAGCGCAUACAUUAAUCUAUCUAUAAUUUAUUAUAUGGAAAAGUGUAUUUUUAAUUGUAAUAGACACAGCAAUAAGUGGGCAUUUACCCUUAAUGGCAGUCACUACAGAAACAGGUAGACGCAGAGGUUUCUCCAUAGUGGUGUUGUUAUGAGCUAUGCGCUGUCCAGUAGCUGAAGAUCUUGCCAAGGUCUCCCUUGAGAAAAAGUAAUCAAGGAGUCUCCGUGUCAUGAGCUUAGGUUUAUCUGGGGGUAUCUGGGAAAGGUCUUCCAGCUGCUGGUAUGUAAUGUACACCCCAGAAUUAGGCACCAGUUCCAACUUAGGUCUCCCGUUACUCUGCAAAAAUAAAUGUGAGAGUUAAAUUCUAAUGACUCUCUAAAAUGCACCUGUAGGAAUUUUGGUGCUAUUGAAACAAGUAACAUUAAUUUAAAAUUUAGAUAUUAAUGCUAUGAAAUAAAGAUUUUGAUCAGAAAGAAGAACUUUAGGCUGCCAAUUUUUCAUGCUGAAGUGUAAAUUUAAUUCUCAGGGUAUUCUUAUACAGCCCAGUUAUUACCUCCUAUAUAAUUUAUUGCAUGAAAAGAAGAAAAAACAAAUACGCCACCCUUUUUGUGAAGAGCUGGUUGCACAAAUUACUUUCAAACCCACUGCCCUCCAUCUUGAAAUCAUGGGGUGUUGCUCUUUCUGUUGAAAAACAUUUUCUCUGCUUUAUUAAAUCGCUUAGCAUGUUUCAUAGUUACUAUAGUAUCACAUUUCUCCAUCCUCCAAGCUAUAAAUAUUACAUUUAUAAAAAUCUAAAUGAUAAAACAAGGAAAGACCAUGUUCUAGUUUAGCACCCUUUAUUUGAACAUUUUCCAGUUUAUUUAUAUUCUUUAGGGGACUCCAGAAAAUACACUAUAUACUAGAUGAGGCCUAUCUAUCGAUCUGACACAACGCCUCUUUCUGCUUCUAAUAUCUCUUCUAAAGCAUCACUAUUCUCACUAACCUGCUGCACUACUGAAUUCCUUACAAACCCUUGAAAUCGUGCAAAAUACUCCAGUCCUUUGUUGUCCAUACUUUUUUGCAUCCUAAAUCUAUAAAAAGCUAAAAUGUACCACAAUUCAGUUUUUGAGAAGCAAGAAUGGAUUUGUUUCACAGUCUUAGAAUCAUUCCUGUACAUAUGGGUAGGUGGCCCCUGACCACAGGAGUAGGUAGUUCCUCCCAUACUUAAAGGGACAUGAAACCACAUUUUUUUCUUUCAUCACUCAGACAGAGCCUACAGUUUUAAACAAAUUUCCAAUUUACCUCUCAUCUAAUUUGCUUAUUUUUUUGGUAUCCUUUAUUGAAAAGCUACCUGUUGAUUGGUGGCUGCACAUAUAUGCCUGUUUUCAUUGCUUACCGAUGUGUUCAGAUAAAAAUGUUGGGUUUCAUGUCCCUUUAAAUCUUUACUAUUCCUGCUCAUUUCGGUUCCUUCCUCUUAGAAGUUUGGGAAGCUGAUCUGGAGCUCUGCUGAAGUGUUUGUUUGUCACAGAUUUAGAAAGGCCAUUUGACCCCUAUCAGUGCAGCACACUCGAUAAUGCAAUGGAUCAGCCACUCAUCGUUGGUACCAUCUGCAAGGUAACAGCUAGGGCCCCCAACACAAAAUAAUAAUGCUGGCUUUCUACUAUGAAUUUGUGGACAGUGGCGGACUUUAAGAUUGCACUACUUAACCAUCAUGCAUCUGUCUCAAUACAGAAGAAAAGAAUGUUGGGGCCUCCAGCUUGAUGGAUUCCUGUACCACAUGCUUUGAAAUCUGGUUGUACAUUCUUUAUUAUUAAAUUUAUGUUGUUGACACAAUA